AUGUUUGGGUUCCUCUACAAAGCGCUGGCAGCCGCAGCGCUCGCCGCUUUCGUGGGGUUGUAUCAGAAGAACAGGAACGCGGUGUGCAAGUCCAAAAGACGGCUGGACGGCAGAACCGCCCUCGUGACAGGCGGCACCGAUGGCAUCGGCCUCCAGAUAGCCGUCGACUUCGCGAGCAGAGGCGCGAGGGUCCUCGUAUGCUCUCCUUUCCGCAAAGAGGGUGCGGAUGCCCUCAAGGUCAUAAUCAAAGAGAGCGGCAAUAAGAACGUAGAGUUCAAACACCUCAAUCUCGCCUCCUUAGAGUCGGUGAGACUGUUCGCAUCGGACGUUACGAAGAGCGAAUCGCGACUCGACAUUCUGGUCAACAACGCGGGCAUAGUGACGAAGGGGUCGAGCAGAACAAAAGACGGGUUAAACUUCCUGAUGCAGGUGAACUACUUCGGACAUUACCUGCUGACCAUUCUCCUUCUGCCGCUGUUAAUCAAGACCGGGCGAGUGUCGGAGCCUAGUAGGAUAGUUAACACGGGUUCGAUGUUACACCACGUGGGUUAUAUAGACGUCCGCAACUUGAACGGCCCGACGGCCUUCUGGCGGCUGAGCCAGAUAUACGGCAGCAGUAAGCUUGCGUUAAUAACGUUCACCUUCGAACUGGCGAGAAGACUGAAAGGUAGUGAUGUAGUGGUGAACGCAGUAGACCCGGGUGUCGUGGGGACGAACCUACUUUACGGUAUCGGUCUGGUUUUUGGGGCUAUAAUGAAGGUCUGCAUAGGGAUAAUGUACAAAACUCCGUGGGAGGGCGCCCAAACCGCGAUCUACGCGGCUGUGGACGAUGACGCCGGUAAGGUAAGCGGGGGCUACUUCUCGAACUGCGGGAUAACUGCUGCUAACCAGCGCGCCUAUGACGGUAAAACCGGGAUAGCACUGUGGGAAGAAUCGGCAAGGCUCGUCAAUUUAUCCGAGGAAGAACUUAAACAAUGUUUAAAAGGUGUUCAAGUG